ACGGAUGUAAACACUGCCUAGUUCACGUGGAGGGAAAAACCAACAAUGGCACCGACGCUAGAACGUUUUGUCAGCCCCGGAAAAGGCAACGGUCUGCGGACCAAAACCAGGAUCAGGAGAGGAGAGCUGGUUACCAGCGGCGAGCCGUUAGCAUGUUGUGUGUCCAGCAAACAGGCCAGAGAAGUCUGUCACUACUGCUUCACACGAUGUAAAAACCUGUCACGAUGUUCUCAGUGCAAGAUGGCUCGAUACUGCAAUACCACUUGCCAGAAGAAAGCAUGGUCUAACCAUAAGAGGGAAUGUAAAUGUCUGUGCAGCCUCCAACCCAGACUUCCUACUGACUCAGUCCGUCUAGCUGCAAGACUCAUCUUUGCCCUGUUAAGACCUCCUAAGACAAGUAGUGAGGAGCUCUACACGUUAGAUGAGCACGAAUCACAUCUGAAUUCUAUGUCUGAGCAAAAGAAACAAGGUCUGUCUCAACUGGCAUCCAUGUUGGAGCUGUACAUUCAGCAGGAAGUUCCUGACCUGGAUAUGACAUCAGCACUGCCGCCUUCCUGCCAAGAAGCCCUCAGCCUUAUUGCAAAGGUCACAUGUAAUUGUUUCACCAUCAGUGAUGGAGAGCUGCAAGAGAUUGGAGUUGGGCUGUAUCCAAGUUUAUCUCUGUUAAACCAUGAUUGUAGGCCAAACUGUGUGAUGGUGUUCGAGGGAACAAAACUGCAGCUCCGAGCUGUCCAGGACAUCAACCCUGAAGAGGAGUUAACGAUAAGUUACAUUGAGACAUUGUCCCUGACUGGAGAUCGGCAGAGGCAGCUGGAAGAGCAGUACCAUUUUACAUGCCACUGUCAGCGAUGCGAGUCCCAAGAAGAGGACGGACUCAUGCUCUCAGGAGAAGAAGCAACAUGGUGCCUGCUGAAGGAGGCUCUUCCAAGACUGGAUGGACUAAAAUCAGAGUCCAAUUGGCAAGCACUCUUAGACGCCUGUUGUCCCCUGUUAACAAAUGUUGGUGGUGAAGUUCCUGAUGAAAAUCUCUACAAGCUCAGGAUUACAGACAUGGCUUUAGAUGCUUCCGUUCACCUGGGACACUGGGAGGAGGCUUUAAGAUACGGGGUGAAGACACUUCCAGUAUACAGGCAAUACUACCCUGAUCCACAUCCAGUUCAUGGGGUUCAGCUGGUGAGAGUGGGAAAGCUGCAGCAUUAUCUGGAACACACUGAGGAAGCUUUGGACACAUUCAAACAGGCCUUUAAAAUAAUAAAGACUACUCAUGGAGAAGAUCACCCUCUAACGACUGACCUCAUGGUGAAGAUGGGGGAAUGUUGUAGUGAGAUGGAGCACCAGUCGUCCAGGAGACGUGAAAAUACAGAUAUCUAAAUCUUCUACAUGGAAAUUAUGAAAAAGUGAAGAAUAUACAAACACGUUAUACAUCCAUAGUCUGUCUUUUAACGUCCUUAUAUAAAGUUUUAGAGUUCAGUGUAAAAACGUGGGUGCUGACAGUUACACAGUGGUCAUGUUUUAUCGGUGCUAAAACGUUAUCCUUGACUAACCAGCACUCUCCCCCCUCUGGUAAUCGAUACAGACCAAACGGAGGAAGAGCAGCACUGUUUCAUUAUGAGCUGAGAAAUAACGAAGCUGACGUAUCAGCCGAGUGACGACAGCAUCAUCGGUACAUGUGGUGUGCUACCAUAAUAGCUAAGUCGGUCAACCGUUCGUAGCAUUACAGUUUUACAACCAGCUACCACGUGUCUCUGCAUGAUGGCGUCUUACCGAGAUAUUAAACAUUAUUACUGUUAAUUUUA